AUGGGGACCUGGAUUUUGUUUGCCUGCCUGCUGGGAGCAGCCUUUUCUAUGCCACUACCACAUCAUCCUGGACACCCUGGUUAUAUCAACUUCAGCUAUGAGAAGUCACACUUUCAGGCUGCCAAUAUUGACAGGCUUGCGUGAGUGCUCACCCCUUUGAAGUGGUACCCGAACAUGAUAAGGCAGCGAUACCCUUCCUAUGGUUACGAGCCCACGAGUGGAUGACUGCAUCACCAAAUCGUCCCUGUGCAGCAGCAUCCCCUGAGCCACACCCUGUAGCCUCAUCACCACAUCCCCAUGGUGCCUCCUCAGCAGCCCAUGGUCCCCCAGCAGCCAAUGAUGCCAGUUCCCGGCCGACACUCCAUGACCCCAACGCAACACCACCAGCCACAUCUCCCUCCACCUGUCCAGCAGCCCUUCCAGCCCCAGCCCGUCCAGCCGCAGCCACCCGUGCACCCCAUCCAGCCCCUGCUGCCACAGCCACCUCUGCCUCUGAUGUUCCCCAUGAAGCCUCUGCCCCCCUUGCUUCCUGAUCUGCCUCUGGAAGCUUGGCCAGCAACGGACAAGACCAAGCGGGAAGAAGUGGUGAGUGCACCUUGA